CAGCUGCUGCAUCACCGAAUCAUCACAAAUCCUGCACCAAACACUCAAAAAAACGGAAAUUGACGAUCUGCGAAACUUUGAGACAUCUGUCCUACACCUUUGAAGACAACCUUUUGGCUUGAUGCGUUGCGGACCAUACACGCCCCACCUUCGGUUACUUUGGACAAUAUAUGGGAUACUCUUCUUAUGCGUUUUCCUUCAGCCGACAGCUUCUGUGCGCGCAACAUGGCAAAAAUAGGACUAAUAUUCCAAACGACUUGGGCCAUACACUGGCAUUCUGUCUUAGAUCAGACACCUUGGAAUCACACUAUAGCUUUGAACCAUCUUAUCUCCCUAUUAGCGCGAUACACAUUUCUAUCAUCAUCUGUUAAUGUUGACUCCACCAAUAAUAUUAGGGCAUAGAGCCCCUAAUUUAAAUAAACAUCUUUCAUACAAAAAA